AUGAGGUACAUGUACCAUGUCUUAACAAAGAACACGACUGUGACAGACAGCAAUCGUAACCUGCUUGUGGAGACCAUUCGUUCUAUUACAGAAAUCCUCAUUUGGGGAGAUCAAAAUGAUGCCUCUGUUUUUGACUUUUUCUUGGAGAAAAACAUGUUUGUUUUCUUCUUAAAUAUAUUGCGCCAGAGAUCCGGACGCUAUGUUUGUGUACAGCUGCUUCAGACCAUCAAUAUCCUAUUUGAAAAUAUUAGCCAUGAGACCUCUUUGUAUUAUCUGUUGUCUAAUAACCAUGUAAACUCUAUCAUCGUGCACAAGUUUGACUUCUCUGAUGAAGAAAUUAUGGCUUAUUACAUAUCCUUCCUGAAGACACUUUCCCUUAAACUUAACAAUCAGACGGUGCAUUUUUUCUACAAUGAGCACACUAAUGAUUUUGCCCUGUACACUGAGGCCAUUAAGUUUUUCAACCACCCAGAGAGCAUGGUCAGAAUUGCUGUCAGGACAAUCACCCUUAAUGUGUAUAAAGUGUCAUUGGAUAACCAGCUUAUGUUGCACUACAUCAGAGACAAAACAGCAGUUCCCUAUUUCUCUAAUUUGGUUUGGUUCAUUGGAAGUCAUGUGAUUGAGUUGGACAACUGUUUGCAAAGUGACGAAGAGCAUAGAAAUAGAGCCAGAUUGAGUGACCUGGUAGCUGAACAUCUGGAUCACCUGCAUUAUCUGAAUGAUAUCCUGACCAUUAACUGUGAAUUCCUGAAUGAUGUACUGACAGAUCAUCUAUUAAACAGACUUUUUCUGCCAUUAUAUGUGUAUUCAUUGGUGUCUCAAGAACAGUGUGACGAUCAUCCAAAAAUCAGUCGUCAGGCAUCGUUAUAUCUUCUUUCACAGGUGUUUUUAAUUAUACACUACAGACCAUUGGUAAAUGCCUUAGCUGACGUGAUCUUGAAUGGGGACCUUUCGGUGUUCAGUAUUAAUUCAGAGCAGGAUUCUUUGAAGCAUUCACUUUUCCCGACUCCAAUGGCUAGCUCUCCAUCAAUACCAAAGCUGUCUGCAAGCGUUCGAUGUUUCACAAAACCAGUAGAAACAUUGGAGAGAUCACUUGAGAUAAGUCGACACAAGGGCAAAAAGAAACUGCAAAAAAGACCAAACUAUAAGAAUGUGGGUGAAGAGGAUGAAGAGGAGAAGGGAAUAGAAGAAAAGGAAGAUGACACUGAGAAGCUGAAAGGUACAGAGUCUAGUGCAAAGGGCAUCAAGACAAGUGGGGAGACUGAAGAAAUUGAGAUGGUUAUAAUGGAACGAUGCAAGAUUUCAGGCCCCCAGCAAGUAGGCUUGACUGAACAAAAUACAACAGAUGAAGAGAAAACAGCGGCUGCCUCGAGGGUUGAUAAUCCAAAAAGAAGACCAUUCCUAGAUAUGGUGUACAAUGCACUGGAGUGCUCGGAAGAUGAUUAUUAUGCACUUUUUGUGUUAUGCCUUCUUUUUGCAAUGUCUCACAACAAAGGUAUAGACCCAGUUUUGUUGGAAAAAAUCCAAGUUCCUUCAGAACAAGCUGAGGAGAAGAUCUCAUACAGUCACGUACUGGCAGAAAGACUAAUUAAGAUCAUGAACCAAGCAACACACGCUGAUGGGAAAAUACGUUUGGCUACUUUGGAGCUUGCCUGCCUCUUACUUAAACAGCUCGUGCUGUCAGGUGGCAACUGUAUUAUUAAAGAUGUGCAUCUCGCUUGUUACGAGGGGGCGAGGGAAGAAAGUGUCCACUUAUUGCGGCGUUUCUAUAAGGGGGAAGAAAUUUUCCUUGAUAUGUUCGAAGAUGAAUAUCGAGCCAUGAUGAGUAAACCCCUGAAUGUAGAGUACCUGAUGAUGGAUGCAUCUAUAUUGCUACCUCCUACUGGCACCCCUCUAACUGGUAUAGAUUUUGUGAAAAGAUUGCCAUGUGGGGAUGUGGAGAGAACAAGGCGGGCUAUCAGGGUUUUCUUUAUGCUCCGUUCUUUAUCGCUACAACUACAAGGCGAGCCAGAGACACAGCUACCACUGACGAGGGAUGAGGAUCUUAUUAAAACAGAUGAUGUAUUAGAUCUGAACAAUAGUGACUUAAUUGCUUGCACCGUAGUAACUAAAGAUGGCAAUCAGAUGCAUCGAUUCCUGGCUGUAGACAUUUAUCAGAUGAGUUUAGUUGAACCAGACAGCAAACGACUUGGUUGGGGAGUGGUGAAAUUUGCAGGUUUACUUCAGGACAUGCAAGUGAUGGGGGUGGAAGAUGACAGUAGAGCUUUAAAUAUCAUCAUUCAUAAACCUGCAUCCAACCCCCAUGCCAGGCCCUUCCCUAUCCUCCAGGCCACAUUCAUCUUUGCUGAUCACAUCCGCUGCAUCAUCGCAAAACAGCGAUUAGCAAAGGGCCGUAUUCAAGCACGACGCAUGAAGAUGCAAAGAAUAGCAGUACUAUUGGAUCUCCCAGUGGAAACCUCUUCUGAAGUCAUGGGUUUUGGACAUGGGUCACUUGCUGCCCAUCAUCUACCUUUUAGAUUCUAUGACCAGUCUCGCCGUGGUGUCAGUGAUCCGACAGUCCAACGUUCAGUUUUUGCUUCUGUUGAUAAAGUUCCAGGGUUUGCAGUGGCACAGCACAUAAACCAGCAGAGUCCCUCUCCAGCAUCGUCCCCUUCCCCACCCUCUAGUGGCACCAUCACAACAAGCACAGGCUGCAGCGAUACCAUCACUACCAGCGCAGCUUCCACUCCCUCAGCAACUCAGAGCCCCACAGAUGGACCUGACAUCCAAGAGCAGCCCCAUUUGACUCCAGGUGAAGUGGAGUUUGUAAAUGAAGCCCAUUCUUUACCACUUACAACAGAGAGCAGCUCAAGCAGAGAGCAUCUCUCCAGCAGUUCUGAACCUGGAGCAACUAAUCUGGCACCAAGCCUGACUCCAGCCCACCAACCGACCAUAUCCCUCAUUUCCGAUGACAAUGCAGAUGCUUUGAGCACAGAGUCAUUGACUCUUCUGCCGCCUGCUGAUGCGCAGCAAAUCCGGAGUGUGAGCACUUUAACCCAUCCCUCCACUGUAUCCAAUGGGAUAAAAGACAAUGAAGCUGAAGAAAAUGAAGAAUCUGAAGCAACUGUGCCAAUAGCAAGCCAUUUGCAAUGAAUGCAAUGUAACCUUUGAAUCAUCUAGGUUUGUGUUGAGUGAAGCAUGGAAAUUAACCCAGCUGUCUUCACGCAGCUGCACAGAGAAGCUAAAAGAUUUGUGGAACCCCAACAAAGUAGAAUAAUUGCUUGUAAGUUUCUGUAGAUUCUGAAACAGGGAAGCCAUGGUCCUUCAGUUGCUAUGGAGUUACAGCUAAUACUGAGAUAUCUACGUUUUGUACGUUUGUCUUUUACUACUGAAGCCUAGUAAAGUACUGUCACUGACUCAAACUCAGUAGGUAAGAGGAUAGUUCUAUCUGCUUUGUUCAAAUAUGUACAGCCCAGGUCUAUACUUUUUUCCACUCUGCAUUAUAUUAUUCACCUAUUUUGAAUUUUUAUUCAGCUAGAUGAAGUAUUUUAUGAAAUUUAACAUUAGAAACUAAGCUUCAUUUUACCACUUUAUCCCACCUGAACAAUUUUAUUCAUUUAAUUUAAUGAAUUUAGUAGAUUUGAAAAUGAACUAAAAACACACUGGCACUCAUUGUAUCUAGGCACAAAAUAGAUUGACUCUCAAGUUGUAAUUAAUUUUAAAUAGACUUUAAAUGUUUCACUAAUUGCACUUGACAUUUAUCUGCAACACAUUAGUUUUUUAUUGGAAUAUUUAACGAUUUAUAGAAAUAACAAAUUCAGAGAUGAACAUGUUUCAUGAAGUUUAAAAAUUAAAAUAUUUGUCACUGCCACCAACUGGUACAACACUAGCAUUAAUUGUAGGGUAUGUCCAUUGUAGAUGUUCUGUAUAUGCAGGGUGCUUCUGAAGGCCUGAGAAUCUCAGCAUUUUCCAGAGAAUUCUUCCAUUAACUCAUGGACGUGCCAUGAGUUGGUUAGAUUAAUAUUUUUGGACUUCUGCAAGACAGCCAGUUAUGGGUGUAAGUUCACAUACCAUUGUUUCAAGACUACCAGACAUGAUGUAUUUUCUAUUAAUGGAGCAGUAUAUGUUUCAAAAUACAUUAGGUCAUGAAAGUUAUGGGAAGAGGAGGACAACACCAGGUAAAAGGACUGUUAUCUUCCUGCAGAAAAUGAAGAUUAGAGAGUAUUCAUUGUGUGUUGCAUGCUUGCACUUGUCUGAUCAUUGCAGUGGGCACGUGUUGUAUGUUUAGGUUAUCUCUGGCCUCUAAGCUAGAAAAUGGAUGGAGUGAGAGAAGGGACAAACUAAGAAACAUUUGUUGCUUUGACUGAAGCCAUGUACUCCACUAUCGUAGCAGUAGCAUGUGAAAAAUGGGGUUUACAAACACACAGGAAUACUUUGGACUUCUCCAGAAACACAAGUGGAUUUGUGGGGUAAUUAUAAGACCAAUUUCAAGUUUGGAUUGGGUUAUUGUUGAUCCUUGCAGUGAUGUAUGUACUUUGUUUGGCCUCAAAUCCUCCACUGAUUGCCUGACUUGUGCACAAUUUCUCCUGGGACGACUACUGUAUUUAUGUUUUAGCAUGAUUCCAUCUGAGGGAAACAAAUAUCUCCAACUGAUUAUGCGGGGGGGGGGAAGAACUUAUAAAUGCUAGUUACGAUGUUUCUUGGGACUCCGCAUUAGUGCCUGCACUGUUUGAACAGAAACCAAAGCAAGCUGAAAAAUGUACAAGGGGAACAAUUCUCAAUUAUCAUAGACGAACAAUAUGGAAUAAAGUCACCAAAAUGCAAUUACAGUGAGAUAAAUAAUAAAAAUAAGUGAAAUUAUCCAUAGGAUGGAUGGAUGUGCCUGAUUUUUAUCUUGAUCUCUCAUUCUUGCAGAUUAAAUAAAAAAGGAAAUUAUUUCAUAUUUGCAAAAUCUAACUCUGCAAUGUUCUGUGAUUAGUUUUACAAUGUUUGUAAUCUGAUAUGCAGCUACAGUCUAGAAAGUUCAGUGGUCCAGUAUUGACCUUUAUUGGCCAUCUUGCCAAUUGUUGGAAGCUUAUUAAUAUUAUGCAAUAGAUUUAUGAGCAACAUUUUCUCUUUUAUAGACACCAUGGUCAGUUCUGACAUGAAAUAGAUUGUUCCGUUUUAUCUUUUGAAUGUUUUUCUGUGCUGGAAACUGCUAUAUGUUGGAGAUAAUUGUUAUAGAAGCUGAACCCCAAUCCAGUACUGUUCCUUAUAAAAUCCUUUUAUUUAGUCCCUAAUCAAAUAUCUAAGGUAACCAGAUGGUGCCAGUGUUCCCUAACCUAAAAAAGUCAGUAUCUAAUUAACCUCAAAGUAUCAGUACUCACAUCCUCUGGAAUAUAGUACUGUAGUUGCAAUGGGUUGAUUUAAUCACCUUAUAAACAAUGUUCUUAAAAAUAUUAACACCAGAAUUAAAAUAUCCAUGGGUAAUGAUUAUCUUAGAAAAGUCAUUUAACUUUGGCUUUACAUUGAGUCUAUAAAACUUCAGCAAACAAAACCAUGGUUCAAGCUUCCCAAGUUUAUGCUGUACACGUGCAACAAAGAAGUGGUGUAAAGAAUUCCUGCAAAUUUAAAACCCAGACCUUGUCCUUAAUUCUCAAUUAACAUUUGCCACGGAAAUUUUAACCCAAUCUUUAAUUCUACUAUAUGUACAGUGUUAGAACCAGGAAUGUAAUAUCAUUGCCUACAGUACAUCUGACUAACUCAACAGUCUAACUCCAGCAAAUCGCACGAUCACCAUCAACUAUUCCCCAAAAACAAAACUAAGCAAGUCUAUGGAAUGAGCUCCUAUUAUGAGUCACCUACCACAGCACAUUCACAUGACCUUGUUAAUUUCACAAAUCCACACAACAGUAGAGAGACCAGAGAUCCACUUUUACAGUCUGUCCAUCUGGAUCUUGUCAAAACCUCACAAAGAAUUAAUAUGUAUGCUAUUUUUAAUAUUGAAGGCUUCAGAACAAUAUGCAUCUAUAAUAUGAUCAGUGUGAAACUGUGCAGGAAGGAAGGUCACAUAGAUCAAGAUCAAAGUAAAUGUUCAGCCAUAAAAUAAAAUGUCUGUUUCAUAACAUUUGUCACAGAAUAAGACAAAAGGAACUAAAGUCAGAAGGAAAAUAUAAUUUGUCCUUUCACAUUUGUUGCCAUCAGACUAAUACACAAGUUGACGAAUCUGUAGAGUUCAGAAUGCCUAAUGAGUUAUGACUCUAAAAUUACUUUUACCAAUACUGGACCUUUACUAGCAACAGUAUAAAUUACAAAGCUGUUGUCCAAUGUCAAAUUUCUUAUGGAAAGUUUAAUUUGUGAUUUUGGGUGGUAACCAUUGGGAGGUCAUCUGAGGAUGUUGAAUCAAAACAAAAUGCCAGUUCUGAUAAUUUCUGAUAAGAUGACAAAUAUUUUAGUACUGGUGUGAAGUUAUCUUUCUGCUUUUGGGUCAAAUAUUGACAUGGUAUUAUAAGACACACAUCCUGCAGCACGUUAACUCAUAAUAGGAGAUUGGCUAUUUGAAUUUCACCAAUCCUACCAAUUUAGAUUGAUCACAUUAACUAUUUCAUUGAAUCACUUGGAUUCAGCUAAUCAACAGACGUAAUGUUCACAGAAAGAUUUAGCUCAGUGUAGUUGAGUAUAACUUAUUCUGCUCCUGAUCAAAAACAAUGAUGCAUUUUCACCCCAAGGGGAAUGUUGAUGCAUCUUUUUAUUUCCAAGUUAUUUACCAAGCUUGAGGUAUGCAUUGCUUAUUCAUUCAGGCAUCCAUAAGCAGCAUUGUCUUCACAAAAGUUGACAUGUUCUGAAUAUGUAGCAGCCAGUAUGAACUUCAGGAUGAACAUUGGCUGCAUUGAGUAAAACUGUUUAAGAAACAGUGCACAAUAAACAGAAUAUAUUUUGUUUGUUGCAUAACAAAGGAUAGGUUAGUACAAUAUAUGAACUUAGUGUACAGAACACAUUUUCUCAGCCCUCAAUGAGUUUUGUAUAAUAGAUAAAAAAGAAUCAUUGUAAAUAAAACAUUGUGUAGAUUGUUUUUAAAAAAAAGACUUUCUUUUUCAGAUUAAGCAAUACUAAUAUUUACAUUGAUGUUUUCUUUUCUCGUUUAGUUAACAGUGCAGUAUUUCAAUCUAGAGUUUCUUAUGUCAUUACCUUGAUGGGGAUGUGUAAAAAGAAAUUCUAGACCAUGUGUAUAUUGGAAGGUUAGGGUAAUGUUUUAACUAAGUAAUUUGCCAUAUGUGUAUAUGUGAAAAGUUACUCUUUUUUUUAAUUUUCAAAAUGAAGGUUCCUUUCAGAUUCAGGCUUGUGUUUGCACUAUGAGCUCAGGUAGCACAAGCAAGGGUCAUGUGACCUCGAUAAUCCACAAUGCAUGGAGAGAGGCAGAACAGAAAGACGUACAAAUGUAAACUGUUUGUCAUCAAAGCAUUGGCAAUAAAUGUAAGUUUUCUUUUGCA